UGAAAGAGUUCCAUUUUCCUCGACAUAAGGCACAGUGACUCAACACAUUUCUUGUGAAUGUAGUUUCUGACAACGGAGGACUCAGUUUAGUGAUCUCUGUUAUCGGUUAAUUGAGUCGUGAUGGAGCCCGAAACGGAUGAAAUGCGCGAGAAGCUGAUCGAUUACUUUAGGCCGAGGCUCAAGGAGCUUAUUGUGGUGGAUCGGGUCCUGGAUCUUAUAGAUUUUAUCGAACCAAAAAAGGAACAGAUCAGACAAAAGGCCAGAAACGAUGGUGACAUUUCGGCUGCUGAAUGCCUUAUUGAUGCAGUACUUAAGGGACCACAUACUCCCGGGUGGUUUACUACUUUCGUUAACGCGUUGUCAGAGGGAGACUGUAAAUACGCAGCUGACUACAUGCAGUUAAAUCUUCCAAGUCCUGAAGUUGAGGCAGAGAAUGAUACCUGUGUCAAGCUUAUUCAGCUACUGGGUCCCAGUCUUGAGGAUAUGAGGACAGACGAGGUGUGUUUGGAGUGUCUCAGUAAAGGUCUGCUCACCGAAGAUGAGCGCGAAAGAAUUACUACUGAAACAGUAAACAGAGGACUCAGAAGUGGAGCCAGGGCACUUUUAAGACGCAUUGUCAAACGUCCACCAGGAUGGUAUUCAGUAUUUCUCCAGAUUCUGUUCGACACUGAACACAAGAAACUCUACGAUGAGUUGAGUGGUAAUGGAGGAUCAGAUAAGAAAGCUUCACUGAAAGACAAACCUAAAGCCACAACAGGGGAGAAUCCAGCAGCAGCUGAAAGCUGUGAUGGCACUGAAUCUAUGGAGGUCACCGUGAACGAGGAGCCUAUGGAUGAAUCCGCAGACCUGUAUGCAAGCAACGAACUGCCCAGCUCCUUGGAGCCCUCACAGCCAGGAUCAGAUAAGAAAGCUUCACUGAAAGACAAACCUAAAGCCACAACAGGGGAGAAUCCAGCAGCAGCUGAAAGCUGUGGUGGCACUGAAUCUAUGGAGGCCACCGUGAACGAGGAGCCUAUGGAUGAAUCCGCAGACCUGUAUGCAAGCAAUGAACUGCCCAGCACCUCGGAGCCCUCGCAGCCAGAUGGAGGUGCCUUAAGAGUAGUCAGAAGCCCCGAAAAAAAAGAAAUUAUUCUUCGAGAUUAUCAGAUGGAAGUUGCUGGACCUGCCUUGGAGGGGAAAAACAUCAUCAUAUGCCUCCCCACAGGAAGCGGUAAAACCAGAGUUGCAGUUUAUAUUACCAAAAAACAUCUGGAACGCAGGAAGGCUGAAGGGAAAUCAGGGAAAGUGGUCGUCCUGGUGAACAAGAUUCCUCUUGUUGAGCAGCACUACUCUGCAGAAUUCCUGCCCUUUCUCAAGCAGCCAUAUAAAGUGGAGCGAGUCAGCGGAGACUCCCAGCUAAAAAUCUCUUUCACAGAAAUUGUGAAGAAAAAUGACAUCAUCAUCUGCACAGCUCAGAUUCUGGAAAACUACUUAGAAAGGGAUAACAAGGGAGAGGAUGAAGGCGUGAAAUUAAGCGAUCUGACACUGAUUAUAAUAGAUGAGUGCCACCACACUCAGAAGGGAGAAGUCUACAACCACAUAAUGAUGCGAUACCUGAAGCAGAAACACAAGAACAUAAGGCUCAAAAAGGAGCAGAAGGAGCCCAUGCCCCUCCCUCAGAUCCUGGGCCUGACUGCCUCGCCGGGGGUUGGGGGAGCCACAAAAAUGGAGAAAGCUGAGGAGCACAUAUUGCGUAUCUGCGCAAACUUGGAUGCCUCCAAAAUAAUGACAAGGAGCCACGAGGAAUUCAAAAAGGAGCAAAGAAAAUUAAUUGUUACAGUUGAAGAUAGACGAGAGGAUCCCUUCGGUGAUGUAAUAAAGAAAAUUAUGACUGCCAUCCAUGACCUGGCCGAGCUGAGCCCCACCUGCGACCUCGGCUCUCAGAAUUACGAACAGUGGGUUGUCCAAAAAGAACGACAAGCUGCAAAAGAAGAAAAUCCGAAAGUACGAGUUUGCGCAGAGCACCUUCGACAGUACAGCGAGAGCCUGAAUCUCAGCAACACAAUUCGCAUGCAAGAUGCCUUCAGUUUCCUGAACAAAUACUACGAGGAAGAGAUGAAGAAAAAAACAUCCCCAGAGGAGGAGCAUAACAUACAAAUCACAGAUACAGAGAGAUUCCUCUUCAGACUGUUUGAAGACAACAAAAAAGAGCUGGAGACUCUCGCAAAGAAUCCGGAGUAUGAAAAUGACAGCCUGUCAAAACUAAAAACGAAUAUUCUGCGCGAGUUCAGCAGCAGGGAUUUAGCCAGAGGGAUUAUUUUCAUCAAAACACGACGCAGCGCCAUUGCUCUAAAUCAGUGGAUUCAGGAAAACCCCAAGUUUGCUGACAUUGGAGUGAAAUCAGCAUAUGUCAUUGGAGGCGGUGACCAGAGUGUUGUUAAACCAAUGACCGCUGCAGAGCAAAAGGAUGUGUUGAAAAAAUUUGGCACCGGUGAAGUCAACCUGCUGAUUGCUACCACUGUAGCCGAGGAAGGUUUGGACAUACCAGCCUGCAAUUUUGUUAUCCGAUAUGGCCUUGUGACAAAUGAGAUCGCUAUGAUUCAGGCCCAAGGCAGAGGAAGAGCUGAGGAUAGCAGCUACACUCUGGUCGAGGUGAAAAACUCUGGCGUGGCUGAAAAGGAGUGCGUCAAUGAGUAUCGCAAGAAGAUGAUGAACAGAGCCAUUCAGAAAAUUAAAUGCUUAAGACAAGCAGACUACGACAGACGGAUCACCGAGUUUCAGAUUCAGGCUAUAAUGGAGGAAAAACUAAGAAUGACAAAGAAGAAGCAUAAGGACGUAAAGAACGUGAACCCGUCUGAUGUAAAGUUUAGCUGCCGGAGCUGCAGCAAACACGUCUGCACGGGCGAAGACAUCGAGAUCAUCGAAAACAUGCACAGAGUCAAUGUAACACCACAGUUUAGUAAACUUUACAUUCAGAGAGAAAACGCCACUCUUCAGGAGCGUCUUCUAGACUAUGAGACCAACGGCAUCAUUGCAUGCAAAGAAUGUGGACAGGUGUGGGGUUCAAUGAUGAUGUACAAGGGGAUCGAGUGCCCCUGCCUCCACGUGAAAAACUUUGUGGUGAAUUUAAAUGGAAAGAAAAUUAGCAAAUGCACCAAGUGGAGUGAACUGCCCAUCAAGUUUCCUGCCUUCGACUACAUUGAACAUGCAAGCAAGAUGACUAUGUCGGAUGAGUCAGAUGAUGACGAAACAGUGUGAAUUACAACCCUGUAGAGUAACCAGCAAUCAAGAAAACCCAGCUUUCUAUUGUGUUGACAUGUGGCUUAAACAGAAUGACCUUACCAGACUAGUGAAUAUAUUGAAUGUCUGAUUGUUAAGAUAACUGGAGACAUGAACGGUGAUGGGACUUAAAUGUGUGUUUGUCAAGCACAAGUGUAAAUGUUUUACAUCAUGUUACGGUAUUCCUGAAUAACAAGAGGAAAUGUGCAAUACUGCAGAACUAUGAACUUACUCUGCUGUGAUUUUCGCAUUGGAUUUACUGUUGAAAUACUGUGUGAUCACUAUGUAUUGCUAUGCAUGUAAGUGUACCUCACUGGUAUGAAAUGAACUGGAAAAGCAGUUUUUGGGGGUUUUUUUUGUUUUUUUCCAAACCCUGGGUGUCUCGUGAGAUGGGAGCCACUGAGCCAGCAAUGGCCCCUCAGAGCCCACCUGUCACACACACGCACACAAACAGGUGCUGUUGAUUUUCCAUUAAAUUCAAAGGUUAGUGAGUCACUACUACUGAGACAGCACUGCUAUUUUUAGAAGGCUUUUUUUUAAGUUUGUUUGCACAAACAGAUUACCUGUGUCAUCUCAUUGUCUGGAUACGUGAACUGGCAACUUGUUUCAUACAAAAGUAUUAAGUAUUAAAACUGACUACUUUUCCCA